AUGACAAAAAAGGUUUUUAAUAAGUUUAAGUUAAAAUAUUUAUAAAAUUUUAGCGGCUUUCGAAAGAUGUCUCAGCUGGAAUCCAUAGAAAAGCUGAAGCGGCAACACUGCAUUGUUUGUUUUUAUAUAAUGUUUGGAGCUCGUGUUUUUAAUUUAAGCACCGAUGUCAGCGUUUUUUGUCGCUGCCUUUGUUUAAGAAACAAAAGUACCAGCAAGACUGGCGAUGGCUUAAGACAGCAAGGAAAAAUCUUCAGGACGCUGCUGGGGAAUCGAGUUAAAGGCAGUAAAAAACGCUGGUAUCCGGCACAAGAUGAAAAAUUCAGCCGCUCGGAUUCGCAGCCCACGACGGGUGUUUCUUUAUCCCGUCCACAUGCUUCGAAGAGCAACAACCGCCGCAUAUCCGUGCUCAACAAGCUCUUCAUGACCAACAUAACAGAUUUCCUGGCCACCUCCGAGAUCUCCGAAUCGAUUGUGGGCCGCGGAAUGCAAGUGUCGUAUGUGAACAUCACCAGAGACUUCUCGCAGGUGAACGUCUACUGGAUGGGACAGGGAGACGAAGUAGCCAACCAGGCUCUGGAGCAGGAACUCUUCCGGUGCAGUGGCCAACUGCAGCAUGAGCUCUCCCAGCUCCGACUGAUGGGUGAAGUUCCUCGUAUCAGGUUUCAUCGGGACAAGACUGGCAUCCACCUCCAUCAGGUGCAGGAUUUGCUUUCCAAACUCGGUCGAGAUGAGAAACUGGAGGCUGAAAACACCGAGGACCUGAAAGAAAACAAUACAGAAAGAUGCAGUGCCGCAACGGAAUCAAGUGUUGUACCUAAAACUUGGCCAAAAAUGCGCCAAGACGUCCUGAAUCUAAAUCACCACCUGAUAAUGGACAAAAUAUACAUCAAGAUGCGAAAAAGUAAAGAAGCCUGGGCCAGUUAUGCUCGGGAGAAAUCCAACUUGCCAAAAACCGAACCAAAUCCCGACACCGAAAAGAGCGCCAAGGAAUAACUUCUAAGAACUUAAUUUUUAUGUAGUUUUAAGAGUAGAAGAAAUAUAAUUUUUAAAAUCAUU